AACCGAACACACAUUCGCGGCGAGCGUCGCUGGGUUCACACCAUCAUCACACCUCCUGCCGAACCGAGAGCGCAUCAGCUAACUCACAGAUGACCCGCAGUAGAAUGACGCGCGUCCUGAACGCGGGAGUGUUUGUCGAGCUCUGCGUUCAUCUGAACGGACCCCUGCUCUCCAUCUCUCCGAGAUCAAUCUGAGCGUCUGGCAACUUCUCCAAACCUGUCUGCACGGAGUCGGACUGACAGCGCGCUCCUGCUUUAUAGUUGCAUGUGUGCAUGAGAAGUGCUUCUGCUAAAAGUCUCACUGACGCGUGUUAGAAUCAACACUAAACACUGACUGGCUGAUUUGUAUCUCUCCAGCGGCGCAGUCCACAGUUAUUGACCGUAGUGCGGACAUUCACACCACUGACAGAAGAUCGUGGACAUCUCAACACUUGCUGACAUCAGCCGCGUCGGGAAGAGCCGAGCCACAGAUGCGAAUGAAAGUCGACUAAAGCAAGAGGGAUAUACGUGUCCGAGUGCGCUGUAGUGAUGCUGCAAGUGGAAAUGAUCAUAUUCGUGGGUGUGAUUCUGUGGAUGUGUGUAUUUAGUCAAGAGCCCAGCUCAAAGGUGACGGCUGAUCGAUACGCUGUCUACUGGAACCGAAGCAACCCCAGGUUUCACCGUGGAGACUAUCACAUCGACGUCUGUAUAAACGACUACCUGGACGUUUACUGUCCGCACUAUGAAGACUCGGUCCCUGAGGAGAGAGCGGAGCGCUACGUGCUCUACAUGGUCAACUACGACGGCUACAGCACGUGUGACCACACGGCCAAAGGCUUCAAGCGCUGGGAGUGCAACCGGCCGCACUCGCCCAACGGCCCGCUCAAGUUCUCCGAGAAGUUCCAGCUCUUCACGCCCUUCUCGCUGGGCUUCGAGUUCCGACCGGGCCGAGAGUAUUACUACAUCUCAUCCAUGAUCACAGAAACCGGGAGAAGGUCGUGUCUCAAGCUGAAAGUGUUCGUGAGACCACCGAAUGGCUGCGAGAAAACCAUAGGCGUUCAUGACCGCGUUUUUGUCGAUGACAAAGUAGAAAAUGCAUUAGAACCAAGAGACGACACCAGUCACGAGGCUGAACCGUCCCGGAGCGACGUGUCGACUUCAGGCCUGCGGCACCAAACGUCUCGCCCCCUGCUGGCCCUGCUGCUGCUCUGCAUCUCUGUGUUCUUCACCUUAUAGCCCCUCAAGCAGCCCUCGGGAAACUCGGCUCGUCCCGGUGCCGUGGAGGGCUUGAGAUUCACCAGGAACACUUCUGCUGCGCUUUUGUUUUGUUUUCCAAUAUUUAAGUGGUCCUUCGCCGUAUUCGAUUAAGAAAAGUCUGCACAAAGGAGAAAUGCAGAUCAUCUGUUUAACCAACCGACCAAUCAACUGCGGCGGCCGGUCGCUGCGGAUUGGCUGCCGGGAGGAAGGGGGCGGAGUCUCAGCUUUGAUUUGGGUCCAUUGGGAGCGAGUCGCUCUUUUGUGGGUAAUUAGAACACGUGUUAAGAAACGCCGGAGGCUCUGUGAGAAUUGGAGGUUUAUAGGUGGGUGUCACAUAGAUAGACAUAAACAACCCGAGUUCAUAAAUAUACACACACACACAAAGACUCUUGCCUUUCGUCCUUCGUCUGCCUUCCCCUAACAAAUUGCAGAAUUCAUCAGAAGAAACGGUCUCGCCGCAGGAUCUUUCCCAGUCGAAGGAAGACGUUGGUUAGAAUGAAUUUGGAUUUGAUUCUCUACUGCAAUUUGAGGGACUUGUCUUAGUAGACCACACCACUAAAAACAAUGAUUUUGUAUUUUGUAA